GUGGAUUUUCUUUUGAACAUUUUUAUUUACAUCAGCCUUGUGCUAGAAAUAGUUUAUUCUAAGCAUAGGUAGAGGGAGACUGAUCUCGCGAUAUGUCUGCCUUGGAGACAAGAACGCUUACACUGGAUACAGGAAGCAACAAGAUAAAGUGCCUCAUGGAAGAAACCGAAUGUCCACAAUCAGUGUGGAAUCUUAUCGUGGACCAUGUCCCUGAGUCAGAGCUCCCAGAGAUCCGGGUCCUUCUUGGAGAGACUCUGAUUGACAUAUACACAGAGAUGUAUUCUGAGGUGACAAUGUGGCAGCAGAUUUGGCAGACGUUGCGCCAUAAAAAGGGUAACAGGCCGAAGUCCCCUCGCUCCCCCCUGGCUGACCCCCCUGCUAUCAAGGAGCUGCUGAAAGCUGAGAUCCAACUGCUGCUGGGCACCGUGAGAGAGAGAGCAUCCCAGGAGGGCAGGGAUGGAGACGCAGACUUGUUCCGGUACAGUCCUAGUGUGGUGAAUUACGCCUUGAGUGUCCCUAGCAACCAUUGUGACACUGUGAAUAGUAGGCCUACCUCUAGUGGAAUACAAUUCAGCCAGAGCCAACAAGCAGAAAGGUCCUGUUCGCGGAGCUCAGUCACUUCUACUACCAGCCAAGAUGACAUUGAUGCCAUGAGACACAAGCUGAACAUCACUCACAUAGACGACAUUGUGGCCCACCUCAAAUCAGUCCUGUCAGAAGAAUGUGAGGUGCUGAAAAGCCAAGUUCAGUUUCUGCAGGAUAGUGUGGAACAGGAGCACCAGAAACAGCAUGAUGUCACUGAGGCUCCAGAGCCCACUGUAACAGAGCUGAAGGAGGAGAGGAGAGUCAUCCAGAUGGAUCUGAAGAGGCAGAGUCUCAGUCUCAGCCUCACCUACUGUCCCUCCUCCUCCCCUGUGGAAACACGCCUGCAGAUGAGAUCCAGGUCGACAGGAUGGACAGGUUUUCCUGCGGAUGAGACCCAGAGACACUUGACCCCUGUGGUAGCCCCCAGACCCCAUCCUCCUCAUACCAGGCCACCUCUAGUAGCAUCUCUAGUAAGGAGGAUUCCUCUGUUAGACAGGAUGAGAGGCCAGCCACACAGCUCACCCAACAUCAGAGGACCCAGCCCUCUCCAACCCUCUGAAUAUGAACAGCUAAGGACUUACAGCCAGAGCUCUGAGGCUUCCCACCCCUGUAACAGAGGACCCACCACCACCCAAGACAGGGACAGCUACCGACCACCCCUGGUCGCCUCUGCCAGUACAGUAACAACCCUUGGACCAUACCUUAAUCCUGCCUCAGAACAGAGAGUAAAGGGCAGAAUUUGCAGGCGUAGUGGUCAGGCUGUGACUGAGGGAGCUCAAAGACAUGAUGACUCAUGGUCAGACACAGUAAACAGCUGGCCCUGUCUGUUUCUGUUGGACACCGUACUCUAGGCUCCUCCACACAGCCUCCUGGGAGCAAAGGGAGCUGUGAGCAGAUGAGCCCCGUAAGCAUGUUCCACCCUGCGCCCCCCGCCAUGCAGAGGACAGCCAGUAGAGGGCAGAGUGCGGGCAGGCACCUGUGUCUGCCACAGGGGGACAGCCUGGUCAGCUCCUUGUGAACUAAACUCUUUACUACAGAAGAAGAGGAUACACAGGCAGCCUAAUUCUGAUCUUUUUUUAAUUAAUUGGUCUUUUGACCAAUCAGAUCAGCUCUGAAAAAAGAUCUGAUGUGAUUGGUCAAAAGACUGAUUAGUGGGAAAAAUAUCAGAAUUGGGCUGACUAUGUAAAGGCGACCUCUGAUACUGUAAUGUAUGUUCUACCUGCAGUCUGGUCAAUGUAUGUCACUCCUAAAAUGAGAUAUCCUCACAAACAAGUGUCUUAUCAGAGGUCAAUAGUACUCAUACUUGUAAAAGGGAUGUCGUAAUCUCUUUAAUAUAAAGAAUUUGAGUGCUGGCAUUGGCUAUAGUCUUCCUCAAUGAGCCAAGAGGCACAGGGAUGUUAUAUGGUGAUUUUCAAGAGACUGAUAGAAGACCUGAAAGAGAACACAAGACAAUAUGGUUGAAUGCUUUCGAAAUUAUUAAACAUUUUAUCUACCUAUUCAACCAUUUAAUGAAUGUAUUUGGAUAAAUGUUCAAAUGUCUGUAAUACAUGUUUUAUUACGGAUCUGCUUUCUCCCAUCUAACAAAAGCGAUUACCUGUUCAGAAAGAGAAAACACUGCAUGUUGUGUAAUCUAGAUGGGACAUAAACCACACUUGAGUGAUCUUUAAAAUAGAUUUUAUUUACCAUUUGUAAUUGAACAGUUUACGAUAUACAGCUGACAUGACUAAGACAAUUCGAUGGAUUUUGGCCCCAAGGUUCAAGAGACAUGGUUAGAUAUAUACACUGCUCAAAAAAAUAAAGGGAACACUUAAACAACA